UUAUAUUUGGAUUUCUUAAUUUUUUAAAUACAAUAAAUAAUAUUCUUUGGUCUAAGAUUUUCAGUCAUAAUAGCAAGAUAUAACGUAGUAAUUAUAAUAAUAUACUCUUUGCAUGAUACUAGGAAACUGGUGCAUGUUUAUAAUUCGCAUAAAUGCCUAAUUUUGUAUAGAAAUUCAGCUAUUAUGUGCAUUACUACACUUUAAUUACAGUUCAUAUAUAAAUCCAUUAAAUUAUAUACCAGCAUUUGAAGAUACGGAGGAAUAUUACAUGAUGGGAUUUCAACAAGUGGCUUCUAGAUAUGGCAAAGAAUUUACAUUUGACUUGAAAUGUAAAAUAAUGGGUAAACAGAGUCAGGAACUAGCGAGUUCUAUUAUUAAUGAGCUUAACUUGCCGUUGACCGAAGAAGAAUUUCUUUUUGAAACGAGAAAGAUUUUCGAUAAAUUAUUUUUACAAUCAAAAGUAAUGCCGGGCGUCGAGAAACUUCUGCUUCAUUUACAUAAACACAAGGUUCCAAUGGGUCUUGCUACUAGUAGUAGUAAAGAAACAUAUGACUUGAAAGUCACUCAUCAUCAUGAUCUUUUUCAAUUGUUCCCAUAUAAAACUUGGGGAUCGUCAGACCCCAAUGUGAAAAGAGGAAAACCAUAUCCUGAUAUAUUUCUCAUAGCUGCUGCCAAGUUUCCGGAUGCACCGAGUCCAGAAAAGUGCUUGGUAUUCGAAGAUUCCUUAAAUGGUGUAAAAGCUGCUGUUGCCGCUGGUAUGCAAGUAGUGAUGAUACCAGACCCUCGUUUCGAUCGCAGUCAAGCCCCCGAAGCUACACUUAUACUAAGCUCAAUGGAAGACUUCCGGCCGGAAGUUUUUAGUUUGCCGCCAUUUGAUAACUAGAAUUUUGUAAUGUUAUGGAUAUAAUAAUUAUCAUAUUUUUUUAAAUAAAAUUUGUUUUCAUCAUGAGAUAAUUUAAUAGCGAGAAAGUAAUCUGGGAUUAUAAGCAUUUUGUAACAAAUAAAUUACAUAAUUUAUUUUUUUUAGGUAAUAAUUUGAGACUUUAAAUUAUUUAUAUAUCUAGAUAGUGUCGCACUACAAUAGAACUAAAACAAAAUAAUAAUACAUGUUCAAAUAUAAAUGUUGAAAAUAAAGCAAUGGAUGGAGAUUUUAAGAAUA